GCGGCAGAUGCGGCGCGCGGCGGGCGCUCGGCCGUCUCCCCGGCAACCGGAGCCGGAGGGGGCCCCCGCCGCGGCCGGGCGGCGCGGAUGGAAAGCUGCAGCCGGGCAGGGAGCCGGACUGGCUGGCUGACUCCGCCGCCGGCCCGCGGUCGGCCGCCCUAUGCGCGGCGGCGGCGGCGAGGCCGGAGCGAGCGCCCCGCUGCCCGGCGGGCCUCGGUGACGCCCUCCCCGGCCCGGCAGCGGCGGCGUCCCUGCCCGCCGCCCGCCGACCAUGAAGUGCUCGCUGCGCUUCUGCUUCCUCACCACGGCCUUCCUGCUCGUCUUCAUCAUGUCCCUCCUCUUCACCUACUCCCACCACAGCAUCGCCUACCUGGAGCCCGGCGGCUUGAGCGGCAUCCACCGGGUCAAGCUGGUGCCCGGCUACGCGGGCAUGCAGCGGCUCAGCAAAGCGGGGCUCUACCUGAAGAGCUGCGCCUGCCGCCGCUGCGCGGAGGACGCGGGAGCCUCCGAGUGGUUUGACAGCCACUACGACGGCGACAUCUCCCCGGUGUGGACCAGGGAGAACAUGGACCUGCCGCCGGACGUCCAGAGGUGGUGGAUGAUGCUGCAGCCCCAGUUUAAAUCCCACAACACCCACGAAGUCUUGAGCAAGCUCUUCCAGAUCGUGCCUGGCAAGAACCCGUACAGCUCCCGCGACCCCCGGCGGUGCCGGCGCUGCGCCGUGGUGGGCAACUCGGGCAACCUGCGCGGCUCUGGCUACGGGCGAGAGAUCGACGCGCACGACUUCAUCAUGAGGAUGAACCAGGCCCCCACAGUGGGGUUUGAAGGCGACGUGGGGAGUCGGACCACUCAUCACUUCAUGUACCCAGAGAGUGCCAAGAACCUGCCUGCCAACGUCAGCUUUGUGCUGGUGCCCUUCAAAACCCUGGACCUGCUCUGGAUUGCCAGCGCCCUUUCCACUGGCCAGAUCAGAUUCACGUACGCACCCGUGAAGCCUUUUCUGCGGGUGGACAAAGAAAAGGUGCAGAUCUACAACCCUGCCUUCUUCAAGUACAUCCACGACCGCUGGACGGAGCACCACGGGCGAUACCCCUCCACUGGCAUGUUGGUGCUCUUCUUUGCGCUCCACGUCUGCGACGAGGUGAACGUCUUCGGGUUCGGUGCCGACAGCCGAGGCAACUGGCACCACUACUGGGAGAACAACCGUUACGCCGGGGAGUUCAGGAAGACCGGGGUGCACGACGCCGACUUCGAGGCUCACAUCCUCGACAUGCUGGCCAAAACCAGCAAAAUUGAGGUUUACCGGGGCAACUGAUGGGCCUGACAACUGCGAGUCCUCCAGCUUGCCUUUGCCAAUCAGGUUUCCGCGGCACGGGGGGAAUUCCUGCAGCCGCCUGCCCUGGCGAGGGCAGAGGGUGAAUCUUGCCGAGGCAUCCUCAAGCGAUCACCGGGAGUGCAAGGAUCAGCAGCGUGGCCCCUGCACAGCCCCAGGUGAUGGAGCUGCUCCGCAGGGUAUUUGGUGCCUCCAGCCAAUCAGGUUCUGAGCUAAAAAGGAGAUUUUUUUUUAAUUAAUAUUAUUAUUAAGAAACCUAUUUCAGCUGAGAAGGAUUUACAAACACAAUCAGUGACUGACUGGACGGCGGGAGCGUCCGACUUGCAUCUCUUUACAGUCAAACCAAAUGCUGCUCUUUUUAAAACAAGAAAAAAAACACCCAAAACCCGGCGACUUUGGGGAAACUCCAAGCAAUCAUGUCCCGGGACAAGGUAGAAAGGACAUUUGAACAAUCAGUUUUCCCCUCCCCGACGGCACAGUCUCGCAACGCAAGGACAAUAGCGUCUCACGGACGCCAGUGCUGGCUAACCCGAGGAAAGGGGCUGAGUUAUUUAACCCUGCGUGCUGCUGCUGCUGCUGAGCUCACCAAGACGUCCUCCCGUUCUGCUUGGUGCUUGAGCGCAAGCGUGGCAGCAGCUGGCUUCGUUCUUCCUUUAUUUUGAUUUUUUUCCCACCUUGCGUAGCUGCAGCGGCUUUCCCAGAGAAGCCUCCCGCUGUACAAUCAGGUCCUGGCGACGUCUGUUUGUAUGUGCAGUUGCAAUCGUUUGGCCCCGGCACCGGAGGCAGUGGGAAGGGGAGGUCUGGACUCGUGGCCUGUUUGCAUUGGGCUGUUGGGAGCCUGCUGAGGAGAAUCUGGGAUUCAAAUUCAGAUACUCCUGCGCGUCGAGAGGGCAAGGUCGGCCCGGUGAAGAGCUGGCCGCCGGCUCCAAGCUGACGCUCCGCUGCAGACUGAUGUCUGCUGGCGUGAGCGAGUGCUUGCAGCCGGGGGGGGGACCUGCCUCCGGGGAGGGAAGGAGAGGAACCAAAAGAGACGCUUAUUCGGGGGGGGUGGCAUCACCUUCUCUUGCCGGUAGUUAGAUGGGCUCUCCGUUGUCCAAGGAUUGACUAAUGGUAGGACGAGUUUAGAGGGAAACCGUGCAAAAGGCAGCUACAAUCCCGCAGAACCAGUAGCCCGAUCCCUCCAGGCGACCUCUGCAGGGCCCGCUUCUGAUUUAUGGCAAUCUUGAGGGUCGAAGGAGAAGAAGGGAGCCCGGCCGCAGCAGCUGUGGCUAGCCAGGGCCACAAGAGGGAUGGCUCUGGAUCAGGUCCCGUGCGCCUGUGCCACAAGCGAGGCCAGCACAGCGUGGGAUCAGGCUUACCGGCUCCAGGCCGCUGCGGUUCCUCAUCCCCGCAGAGGCAGCUGGGACAGCGAGCACAAGCUGCCCGCAGGCACCAGGUGGAUGCCGCUGUGGGAUGCGGGAAGAACCAGCUGCAGGAUGCAAGAGGUGACGAUGGGGACCGGCCCUGGUGAGGGCACAGGCUGUGGGCUGGGGCUGGCCUUCCCCUGCGCUGCAAGGGGAGGAAGAGGAAAAAAGUUAGAUUUCCUUUUGCUCUCAGAAUGGGAAAAAAAGAUUAGAGAUAGCUUUAGUGGGUGAAUGAAACGUGCUUUUGUUUUUGUUUUAUUAUAAACGGACAGCUCUGUCGAGAAGCUGAAAUCCCAAAGUCUUUUCUCCAUUUUUGAUCAUGGAUGACUUGCAGGAUUGGACUUGUGUGUGUGUUGGUCUGGGCUGGGUGAGGUUUGUGGAAAAGGCUCCCUGGCUGCACUGCGAGGAGGAGGAGGAGGAGGAACACAGGCACUUUGGCUCUUUUACAGUAAUGUUUCUACAGGUGUGUCCCUGACUUUCCCAGUCCUGAGGCCAACGCUGCUAUCCCCAUGUCCCAUGUAUGGGCUGGGGUCAGCUGGGCCCAUGUUUGAAGCUCGGGGGGUUCAAGUGAAGGUAGCAGGUGGCAAAGAAACAGUACCAUAGCAGCAGAAGAGGUGCUUCUGCUCAGUUAGCCACUGAUGUAGUGGAAACCCUUGAGCCUUGCAAAUUCUCAUUGCUUUUCCAUGAUGUAUAUUGAUAUCUAAUAUGGACUCUUUUAGCAAGUGUCUUUUGCUAUGGGUCCUGGUAAAAUUAAACAGAUGCCUGUCAGCAGGUGCAGGGCAGGAGGAAGGCAGAGCCUGAGGCUAGGCUGUGGGUCAAGCCUCCGUGCAGGAGGGACAGGGUGAGAUGCCGAGGGAAACUGCCUCCCUAGAGAUGUGAUUAAAAACACUUUAUUUUGGUUAGUCAGUCGGUUGGUUUUCAGAGGUGCUGGAAGGUUCAAUAAAAAGGCAGUCAUGGCAAAUGGGAUCGAACAGAAAAAGCCUGCACCUCUGUAUCAUGGCCAGGUCUCUCCUGGAGAGGGACCCUCAGCUGUACAGCUGGGGAUGUGAGGCAAUGGUGAUCCUCUGCCUGGGAUGGGUGAGCCCCAGAGGUGCCUGGCAUGGCAGUGCUGCUGCCAGGGCAAAGCCACCGCUGUCCAGAGCGGGCUGCCCCAGUGCAGGAGGCUGCUGCAGCAGCUGGGCUGGGGGGCUGCUGGAGAAAGCUCUGCCUGGCCCCCAACUCCUUGUUGCAAUAGUUAUUUAAGGAGCAAGCACCAUAGUUUUCUGGGCUUGAGGUAUUUUUUCUUUUUGUAUCUGGCUUUUCUGUAACAACCUCUUACCUGUCUCACUGGUUUGGAUUGUUUUUUCAGUGUUUUUUCCCUUUUCUUUUUUGAGUUUUCUCUCUGCAAUCAUGAAACACAAGCAUUUGGGUCACCUAGAGAAGGCACCGAACAUCCCCUGGGCUGGGGACCUUUGUCUUUUCUUUUUCUGUCCACAGGGCUUUAAAUCCACAAGUUUCUUGGAAGGUUUUUUAGUCGAAGAGGUUCUGUGAUGCUUUGUGGCUGGCUGCCCCUGCCUGGUGCCGGCCAUGUGGAGAAGAGCCGGAGAAGGGCUGGCAGGAUGAUCGACCCUCAACGCAGUCCUCACUCCCCUGGUUUGUCACUCUGGCACUCAGAGGCCGGUUAUUCCAAGGUUAUUCCUGGUCUGCACCUGUCCUGGGGCUUUUUUAGGAGAAGAAAAACAAAAUAAAAAAAAUCCACAAAAAUAUGAGCAACAAAGAGUGCCUUCACCAUCUCCUGUCGGCUAUGCUGGACUGUCCCUGCUCCCCACGCUGGCUCUGGGCUGGUUUGCCCUGCGAGCGUGGGGUGUAGGUGUUGGGCUGAUUUAUCUGGCAGUCGGAUCGGCUUCCUUCCUUAUUCCUGUGCUGCUGGGCUGGAUGUUGGCAGGAAAAAUGCUGCUGGGAGGAUGACAAAAAAAAAAAAAAAAAAAAAAGGAAGCACCUUCUUUGCUUUGGUGGAGGUGCUGUCAGAGCAGGCGUGCUGGAGGAAUCCAGCUGCGGAGGUUCGACAAGGCCGGGCCUGCUUCUGCCCGGGCUGAGCAGGGCUAGGCCAGACAAUCAUGGGGCAGGAGGAGGCAUGGGUGCCAAACGCGUGCUGCGCUGCACCCAGCAAACAGGCGGCCCUCUCAGACUGCAUUUUUCAGGUAACUUCCUUCCCCCAGCUUUUUUUUUUUUUUUUUUUUUAUAUAUAAAAAAACACAUCCUGAUACAAGGACUUGCAACCACUUCUGUUUCUUUGGCAGAGCGGCCAACGAACACACGCACGAGCAUGCUGCAAGCCCUGCGGGGAGGGGGCCGCAGGCGCUUUGCCUACGAGUACCACUGUACUGUACAUAGAGGAGAUGUAGGCAGAGGCUACGGGCAAGGUGUGCGGCGGGGCGGGGGGAAGAAGCCCUGGAGUCCGCCGUGCCAUCAGGGCUCACGCUUCCCGGAGCUCAGGCGUACCCCGGCGGGGGCCGCUGGCUCUCUGGCCGACGAGCCGGGUCUCCGCGGGGCUGCCCGGCCUUGCCCACCCCGCAGAAGCGCAGCGGUGGUGCUCACCGCGCUGGUACCCAGUGUGGCAGGAGAAACCGAGGGUUGGGGUCAUGUUUGUCAUGCGGUGCCAUGCUGGGAGAGAGAGACACCAGUGCUAGGAGCAACUGGGUGGCUUUUCCCAUAGCCUCUGUCUACAUGGGUACUUCUGCACACAACUGUCUUAAAACAACUUUUUUUUUAGUCAAUAAAAACCAUGCAUCAGA